GUCAUCAUCACUUGCAUUCAUUCUCCAUUUCCACGAUCUUUUUCACAUUUCGACGUCACUUACCUGACUACCAAUGGAAAGGUAGAAAUGUCACUUAAAUUUCAUUGACAUAGUCUAUAGACUAAAUUUUAAUUACAAUCACUCAUCCUGGCUGGAAUACUUUGGUCUAGGAGACCGGCUUCGACGACGGAUGCCGCCGAUGCGAAAAGUGUUUCUUCAACACCGGCCUCUCACGAUACCAUGACAGAACCCUCCGUCCAGCCAAGCUUGACGCCGCAGUUCUGCUUUUCUACUGUAGCCCUUAGAGACUUCCUCCGAAUAUCUCGUAGCGCUAUAGAUGAUUCGAUAACCCAAAACCUCAAUGCACUCGUGACACCCGCCAAAUCGGGGUUUGAUCCCACGUCGACUUCUGUCCGGAUCGCGCGAGCGUCUAAUCGGUCUAUCGACCCCCGAGCAUGCCAGGCGUUUAAGGAUAAGGUUUUAUUCCCUUCCUGGCAAGCGAGAUCCGAUGUCUUGACAUAUUGUGCCUACGUCGCUACUAGUCCAGAUCCAGACGAUCCCGAGGUUGCUUUACGGGACGCCGAGACGGAGAAGAGCCGCGAGCGAGUAGUUGAUGAGAGAUUAGAUCCAUAUUCCGGUCGAUACUUCCCUCGAGAGCCUCGUACGGAGCAAUUAGCAAACUUGCUAAGACAAGAAAGGAGUGUCGAAACCAUUGUUCGAUCACGAACCUGGGAUUUAGUACGGGAGCGAUGUGGUGACAACUUUUCAGAUGCUGAGGCAGCUUUGAAUAACUGGAGAGCAAAGAGAGAGCCGUCGAGUUUAUGACGAAUGAGAGAAAUGGUCUCUAGACUACUGCUUGCUAGAUCUGAGGCUUCACAUUUUAUUGAUUGCCUAGAUAUAUAGUAGCCUUUACCUGACAUGUAUGUUGUCAAGUUUUGUACCCUCACCACUACAAUGUAAAAACACGAACAAUCAAACAACCAGUACCCUUUAUAUCAAAUAGCGAAUCCAUGACGUG